AUGGGUUCUAUAAUUGGUUGCACAAUAAGCAAAAUAUUACUUUACCCUUUAGAUACUAUAAAAAUAAAUAAACAGAUUUAUAAAGAGCCACUUGAAAAAGGGAAUCAAGAAAAUAAAAAAACUCUUCUAAGUUAUUUUAAAAAUAAAAAUAAGAAUACUAUAUUUUUUUACAACUUUAUUAAAACGUAUGGAUAUAAGAACAUGUACAAAGGUUUCACAUUUUCAUGCCUCACAACCAUUCCUGCAACAUGUUUAUACUUUUGUUGUUUCGAAUAUUUAAAAUUAAAAAAGUUACAAUAUAAUAAAACAUCUCAAGAAAAGAAACUUAUAAAUGAUAAUCCAAAUAAGAGUGACGACCUAAAUUUUAUUAGUUACUUUUCUCUAGCUUUUCUGUCUGAGGCUAUUUCAUGUAUCUUUUUUGUGCCUAUAGAUGUUAUUAAAGAAAGGCUACAGCUGAAAGAGCACAAGAAAACGUCCACAUUAAUAAAAGAGUAUAUUCAUAAACAAGGGUUAUCACGAUUGUAUAGAGGUUAUGUCUCAACUUGUUUAUCCUAUGGUAUGUUUUGUGGGUCCUUCUUCUUUUUUCAGAACAUUGGUCAUAAUAUUAUGAACAAACUUGAUAUUGAAUCAUCACAUUAUAAUAACUUAAAAUUAAACCUUGCUUGUUCAUUUCUUUCUGGUUUUAUAAGUUCUCCAUUGGAUAUAGUCAGAAUAAGAUUCCAGUUACAAGAAAAGGACAAGACUUUUUUCUACUACAAAAAUUCUGUAGACGGAUUGAAAAAAUUAUUCAGAGAAGAUAGUGGAAAGAUUUACAACCUUUUUAAAGGAAAUUUUUAUAGAUGCUGUUUAUUAAGUCUUAGCAUGACUAUAAAUGUGUCAGUAAUAGAAAUGUAUAAAAAAUAUAUGAUUGCCAAGAAAUCAUAA